GAUAGUCAGAGGCUGAAGAUCCUAGCCAUCAAACAAAAAAAUCUAAGGAAAAGUCCAAAUCUUAACAAGGAAAUGAAAUCCAUAUUUGCUUUGUGCAUAGUCUUCUCUUUUCUUCUGGUUGCUGACCUCUCUUAUGCAAGAAAAGACUUGGUUGAUUAUUGGAAGAAUAUGAUGAAUGACCAACCUAUGCCUGAAACAAUCAAAGAACUUGUUCAAAAUCCACAGGUAACAGAUGCAGGAAAUGAUAAAUUUAUUAGGAACUUUGAUAUAAGGCCUAAUGUCAUAUUAUAUCACACACAUGUUGAUUCCAACAAGAAACAACAUGUCUUUGUUAACAACUCUGAACAAGAUCACUUCCAUGGAAUUACAAGAAAACAUGGUUGAACAAACUAUCACAAAGGGUUAAAGCUCAAAUCAAAUCAUUCUCAUGAUUAGAGAUGGAAGAUACACAUAACAAUAGAUGGAUUGUAUAUCUAAUUUCUUGUAUUGGGAAAAAAUAUUUAAGGUUUAUUUUGUAGGGAGCUAUUGAUGUUUCUAAAGUUGUAAUAUUUUUGUUGAUUUUUUUUUUUACUUUUUAACUUUAGAUGUAUCUAUAUGGUUAUACUAUUUUUUGUUGCAUCUAUUUUUGGGUCUUGCUGAAUUUUUAUAAUCAUUAUAUAUUUGAUAUGUAUAUCUAGUGUGAAUUGCUCUUCA